AUAAGUUGUCUUCUUAAUUAGUAGAUGACUCUUUUUUAUCUUUCUUAUAUUUAAUUUUCAUGACUUGUAUUUUUCUACCUUACAUUAUUUGAUGCCAUUUUAUUUUACAAUCAUUUAACAAGGGUCUUUUUGAUUUUGCGUGGAUGAACCUAUUUUUACUGUUUAUAUUUUUAUGACUUGUCUUUAUAUUUCUAUGUCCAUAACUUUAUUUCUACUUUAUGUUACCCCCCCAGUGUUGUUCUUUCCAUUAACAAAGAGCUUCCUCGGCUGAAGGCGGGGCCAAGCAGGCGCGCGUCCACGUCCCUGCAGGCGCGCUCCCGGGCCGCGUCUCCUUCAGUCGAGCCAGUGGAAAGUUGAGCCUCUCCGGCGGCGUCGUGCUGUUUCCUGCUGUCACCUUUCUCUCUGCUCCAACAUGCGUCUCCUCCUGCAAACAUGGGGUUUCUCCGCUCUGAGCGGAAACUAACCGCCGGCUCUGCCGCUGCUUCUGUCCGUGUUCUGGUCUCCUUCAGCCGGGGAAACCCUGCAGCGCGAGUCUGAGCGCUUUUAUCAACACCGAGCGUCUUCUUCCCUUUAAUUAAUUUGUUUCCUGUCGCUUCAUUUAUGGACUACAGAAGCUCCGAGUGAGUGUUUGUAAUUUCCGUUCGCACCGCUGAAGAUGGAGACGGUGAUGGAGAGGGAGUGCAGCGCGCUGGGCGGACUUUUCCAGACUGUCAUAGGAGACAUGAAGGGCAGUUACCCUGUCUGGGACGACUUCAUCAGCAAGGCCAGCAAACUACAAUCACAGCUCAGGACGACGGUUGUCGCGGUAGCAGCCUUCCUGGAUGCUUUUCAGAAGGUGGCCGACCUGGCAACCAACAGCCGAGGAGGGACCAGGGACAUCGGUUCAGCCCUCACCAGGAUGUGCAUGAGGCACCGCAGCAUCGAGGCCAAACUCCGCCAGUUCUCCAUGGUGUUUCUGGACUGCCUGAUCAACCCACUACAGGAGCAGAUGGAGGAGUGGAAGAGAGUAGCCAACACUCUGGACAAAGACCACGCCAAAGAGUACAAGAAGGCCCGUCAGGAGAUCAAGAAGAGAUCUUCAGAUACUCUGAAGCUGCAGAAGAAAGCAAAGAAAGCUGAUGUAUUUGGCCGCGGGGACCUCCAGCCUCAGCUGGACUGCGCCAUGCAGGACGUCAGUGAUAAAUACCUGCUGCUGGAGGAGACAGAGAAGCAGGCGGUGAGGAAGGCGCUUGUGGAGGAGAGGAGUCGCUUCUGCUGCUUCGUCUCCAUGCUGAAGCCUGUCGUGGAGGAGGAGAUGUCCAUGCUGGGGGAGAUCACUCACCUCCAGACUCUGACUGAUGACUUGAAGACACUCACUAUGGACCCACACAAGCUGCCUGCCUCCAGCGAACAGGUAAUCGUAGACCUGAAGGGCUCCGAGUGCACCUGGUCCUACCAAACUCCACCCUCAUCACCGAGCACCACCGUGUCCAGGAAGUCAAGCAUGUGCAGCAGCCUGAACAGUGUGAACAGCAGCGACUCUCGCUCCAGCGGCUCACACUGCCACUCCCCCACCUCUCAUUUCCGUUACCGCGCCUCCUCCUCCUCCUCCUCCUCGGUGCUCCCCCAGCAGACGCCGGCCCGCCUCUCCUCAGUCUCCUCCCACGACUCUGGCUUCAUCUCGCAGGACGCCUUUCAGUCCAAAUCCCCUUCACCCAUGCCUCCGGAAACCUCACAGUUGUCAAAUGGUUUUGACCAUCACGCUGCCCUCUGUCUGCACGGAGUGGUACUGCAGGCCCAGGACACCCACCUCCACCCUCCAUACUUCACCUACUCCUCCUCCACCUCUCCCAUCUCCUCGCCCUCCUAUUCGUCUGUUUCUCCCACGUGGCCGUGGUCUCGGUCAGGCUCCAGCCAAUCAGGAGAGUUCCUGCCUCUCAGCCCCUCAGGGCUCGGAAUGAUCCCAUCAUCCAGAGUCCCGUCCUGGAAGGACUGGGCCAAACCAGGUCCAUAUGAGCAGUCAAUGGUCAACACCCUGAAGAGGAGCAAGGACAGGAGAGAGACUACAGAUCCCAGCAGCCACCAGGGCGCUGACAUCACCACACCAGGGGAGGAACCACAAGGGGUUAAAGGAAGCCACUCUGUGACAUCACCCAAGCAGGAAGACAGGGAGGCCCAUGAGGAGUUGGCCAGAGCUCUGGCCCGAGGCCUCCAGCUGGACAUCCACGGCUCCAGCAGAGACUCACUGCAGGGCUCCAGCGGCUACAGCAGCCAGACCAACACACCCUGCUGCUCGGAGGACACCAUCCCCUCACAAGUAUCAGACUGUGACUACUACUCUGUGGGAGCGGAUCAGGAAGGCGAGCAGCAGCAGUCAUCAGACUUUGAUAAAUCCUCCACCAUCCCCAGAAACAGUGACAUCAGUCAGUCCUACCGCCGCAUGUUCCAGUCCAAACGCCCUGCCUCCACUGCUGGGCUGCCCUCCAACCCCUCUGCCAUAAUCACCCCAGGAGUCGCCACCAUUCGACGGACACCGUCCUCCAAACCCAACCUGCGGCGGCCCUCUGGGGGCCUUAGCUUGGGCCCCAUCCCCAUCAAGCCCCCCAUGAUCCCAGUCAAGACCCCCACUGUGCCUGAACAUCCCGGUUUCCCCAGCAGGACAGCAUCGGAGGGCAGCAACGCACCACGAACCCCGCUCAGCCCCCCGACCACCCUGUCGUCACCAGGCAGCAGCGGGCCGUUGUCACCGAGGUCUGGCCCCUGGGAGAACCAGCACCUGGGCGAGGGGUCAGAUCCUCCCACCCCACCACCGCAGCCCAGCAGUCGGGUGUCGGAGUGGGAGCGCCGGCCUCUUCCGGAGCUCCUGGAGGAGACAGAAUGUAGCGAGGUGGAGGACUUUCUGGUGGCUAUCCGACGAGGUGUCAGGCUCAAGAGGACAACGACCAAUGAUCGAUCAGCACCAAGUUUUAACUGAGACUAGAAGGGUUGGUUUGACUUGAGCCAUUUUGUGUCCCUGGCUGAAUUUCAGCAAACAUGCUCUUGAAGGGACACAAAAUGGUUAUUACUAAGUAAACACAAAUGGGAGCUAUGACAUCAAAUGGAUGCCGAGGAUAGGAGGAAGUUGCCUGGAGACUCUGAUCAAGGAUCAGUUUUGAAUUUUUUAAAACAAAACUUUGAAGGGAUAUUUGAUCACGGUGCGGUGCGUUUAUUACAAAAAUGCCAAAUUUUGUUUUAAAAAAAGUUAAACUUGCCACCAUCACCUUUUGGCCAAAGAGAAAAUGUUUAAAUAAGGGACGACAACCCCUCUAUUUGUGGUUUUGAGAAGAGUUUGUGAGGACAAACAAAGCUGGCUGUGAGGAGUGACGUAGCUCAGAGUUUUGGGUAUCACAGCCUGUAUGUACAUAGUUAGAAAAUGUAUAAUUUAUACAACAAGAAUGUAUACCUUUCAUAAAGUAUCAACAGGAAAGUGGACUUGUUGUGAAUUUCCCCACAGUGCUGCAUUUUGUUGCUUGUGAAACUGACUGAAGCACUUCCCCCUAUAAAAAGAAACCUGAAGCCUCUUACAAGUUGAAAACUGUCAGUGUUGCACUUGACUAACUCCAGUUAAGUUCUCCUCUGAGGUUACUACUGGGAACACCGAUGCUGAUCCGAGAUCAUUUCCCCUGGGCAACUUCAGUAUAAAGAGAAAAGAUGUGAAAACACUUCCUUGUUGAACACGAGUAAGUUGUACAAGGUCAUUCUUGUAGCAAAAACAACCUAAAUGAAACAUUAAGAAAAUGUUCAAGCGUGUAGUAUUGGGAAUAAGACAGUAGAUGAUGUAGGGGGAAAUUCUGGAAGAGAUGACAGUGAGCUGGAAGGAAUAAUGGAGUAUUUUCAAAAGAUCAAAUCAUUAUUUGUAUGUACAUAUUUAUAUUUUGAUGUGUUUGUACAUUUUGUUUGUCAUAUGCUCCUUUUACAUCCCCGUAGUGUCCCAUUUCCACUAAAAAGGUGCCAAAAGCCUGUGUGCUGACUUUAACUUAAAUAUUCUCUAUUUAAUUGAAAUUAUGCUGGAUUUUUUUUUCUGUAAAAACAUAGUAAAAUUGAGUUUUUACACAAACUGAGAGUUUGUAUAUGUAGGGUAUCAUAUUGAAGAGUGCUGUGUAACCAGUCGCAAUUAAAGAUUUUUAGUUAGUUAUUAAUACCACAUACAGUAGAUUGACCUGCAUGCUCUUAAAAGUUUGCCCCACUAUAAACAAUCAUUUUGGCUUUUAUAUUAGAUUUAUAACACAGUUAAGCCCGUAAUAUCCCAGCAGUGGAUAUUAACAGUGUCAACAGUAGCGGAUCAGGAACUGUGGAUGCCUACAACUUGCUAGAUUAAGUCUGCUGUUAGCUGUACAAAACAAUGUCCUGUCUUUGAUUCUCUAAGCUGAACAUCAAAGAUAUUAAGAUAGGGACUGUUUGAUAGUGGGUCAGUAUUUAUUUGUUCUUUUUGUAAUUCUUUUUUUUUUAUUGCAUCUUUUGUUUUUUGAUUAUUUUUUUUAAUGAAAACUCAGUAUAGCUAUUAUAACUUAUUAAGUAUUCUUGCAGACAGAUAUAAUCUGCAACUUUGAUGGCCUCCAGGUUCACCAACUCCUCUGUCCCUGUUCAUUGUUCAACUUUUAACAUGUUGCUAAUCUACCAACUAUAUAGCAACUGUACACUGAGUGUUAGCAUACACUUCCAAGUCCAUGGUAGUAAUAGAGGUUGUUACUACAGGUUCCGUGUUACUACUUAGCUAUAGUAAUUGGAGUAAUGUGGAUUAGUGUAUUGGUCUGUUGUAGUGAAGCCAGUGUGCUGAUGGUGGGUUGGAUUUAGUUGGCACAGAUGUAAACGGUUGUGGACGAGUCAAAGCUUCAGUAUCGGGACAGUGUGCUGCAGUUACCUGAAUUGUAUUAUUCUAUUGUAUGAAGCAUUGUGUGGUUACAGCUUCUCAAAUGUGAGGGUUUGCUGCUGUUCUCUGUCUUAUGUGAUAGUAAUUUUCUGACAUUUCCUAGACCUAAUGAUUGAGAAAAUAAAUGGCAGAUUAAUCAAUGAGACUAGUUUUUAGUAUUAGCCCUACUAAAAUGAAAAUCCAGAGACUGUUAGUUCACUGUCCCAAUACAUAAAUGGAAAAUGACCCAGAGGCACCACUAUAAAGUGUACAUUUGAAAAAAGAACAGGUCUAUAGUAUGAACUGGUCAGGAAUCUAGCUUGCUUUAGUCCUAAACUGUCUGUGCUUACUAGCCAUCAAACACCAACUGUCCAGUGUAUAGAGUGAUUUUCAGGUGGUUUAACACACCCUGUGGCAGCCAUGUUGGAGGUUCUUUAGCUCUCUAGUAUGAUUACAGCUGAUUACAACGUACAGUUUAGUUGUCUUAACAGAAUUCAAAGAAUUUAACUGUUAGCUAGCUAAUUGUUAGCUAAAUAAAUUAAUUUGGACACUAGCUAAUGCACAGCUCUUAGGAGAACCUUGCACUGUAGCACAAGAACAAGUCUAGUUUAUCAGACUUUUCAGUGAGUUAGUUUGAGAAAGCUACUGAACAUUUCUACAGACACUUUACAGCAAGAUAUUUCAGCUAGCAUUUGGAGAGCUAAAUCUCCACUAUGUAAACAAAGACUUAAUUUUUUAAGUUUGAUGUUUUCAUAUUUUGUUAGCUAGUUAAUUGUUAGAUGAAUUUAAACAAAAUACUGAUAUUUAGCUGUCAAACAAAGAAGUCUGACAUAUUAGAUUUGUUCUUAUGCUACAGUGCUAGCUUCUGCUAAGAAUUGCACAUUAGCUAGUGUUCAACUUGGACAAAUUUAAACAAAAUACUGAUAUUUAGCUGACUUCUUUGUUUGACAGCGUUACUGAACAUUUCACAUCACAACAAGGUGUUUCAGCUAGCGGACAUCCAAAUCUCCACUACAUAGACCUCCAUUAUGGUGCCAGAUGAGGCGGAUACAUUUUUGAUCCAACUGAAAAUCCUCUGUUACGUGUGGUUAAACAGGUGGUUACAACAGAACACAAGCAUACCCUGCUGUGCACGGAUAUUCAUGUACAACUGCAACAAAUAUAUAAACCUGUAAUAGCUUGUAAUUACUAAAUGUCGAAUAGCCGGAUGAGUUAAAAAUCUAACUUGUGUUAGCGGAUAAUUAGCGAAACAAGUGGAAAUAGAUGAAACUUCCCUGUUGCUACUAAAUAUUCUGAUAGUGUCAUCACAAGUCAAAUUAUUUAUAUAUUUAUUCAUUUAAAUGUUUUCAUCCAUUUUAUUUGUGGCUUUACACAUUUCUAAACUCCAAACUGUCCUGUUGAGCGUAUAAAACAUUAACAAAUAUUUAAUAUGCAUGUCUUUUUUUUUUAGUUGAACAAGAGAUUUAAUAGUCUGCUUUUUUUUCUACUGGAACUAAUGUUUUUCCUCAGUUGGUCUGCCUCUACUGCACCACAAUGCAUUUUAGAUGCCGCCCAUCAUCUAAUCUGUUUCCUUACAGGGAUCAUUAAUGUUUCAUAUUUUGUGACAGCAGUUUGACACCCUGUAUGAUGACUAAAGCCUGUCUGUUUUUCACUCUGUUCAUUUUCCAGUGCAGGUUAACAAGUACAAUCGUGUAGCUGAUGCGAUAACAAGCGUAUGAAGCUGAAUGUUCGAGCCUGUGAGGACUCAAUAACUGUGUAUGUUAAUCAAGAUCUGAGUGACGCUAACACACGCUGAGGAUUAGAAGAGUGAUUAUUAGGAAACACAUCCAUUAGUAACAGAAAAAUCCAGAAAAUAAUUUCCUUAUUUAUGUCAAACAUUUUCUGAAAAAUCAUGUCAUUCUAGAUAGUUAGAUCAACCAUCACUUGUCCAGUCCUCAGUGUGUGUGUGUGUGUGGUGGCCAUUUUUGUCCCUGAGCUGUAACAGCAGCUGUCAGUGUGUUUUUGCCCUUUUAAUGUUUAGCCUUUAACUUGAGUCAAGUUGCCAAAUUUCCUACAGUAUAAUGCUAAAAGCUGCCCUAGGUUUCUUGCUUUAUUGAAUUUGAAUCUCCCUGCGGUGUUGUAUUUCUGAAAUUGUUUCAGAAUGUGCAUUUCACAGGUAUCUGUGUCUUUAUCUCCACAUAAAUUUGAAUUAAAAUAAAAACUGAAAUGACACUGGAAAAUUAUUUUAUACCCUUUUCCACACCAAUGUCCACUUGGGGACUUGGUUCCCCAAGUGGGGAAUAUCUAAUUUUGGAAUUAACGUAGCCCUGACGCUGGACUCAUACUACAUAUAGUACCAUGGUCCUGGAUGGCCAUCUUCUAGAAAUUGGACAUUUCAGUCACACAGUGGCUCUAAAAAUGUGUUACAGUAAGAAUGUUGAAAAGACAAACACACUGAAUGGUAGGCAAUUGAUAGCAGAAUAAACAUGAUUUGAUAUGACCAAGAAAGGUCUCGUUUUGGUUUUGUAUUGAUUUUAAAAAAGGGAGAGACCUUUGCACCCUCCUAACAUCAUUCCUUUUCCACAAGUCACUACAAAGAUUGCCUAUCAUUUGGUCAGAUUGUAUUUUCAGCAUCCUGAAAUGCAUUCAGCAUUCAGAAAGCCACCGAGUGAUUGAAAUGUCCAAGUUCCAAGAGAUGGUCAUCCUGUAUGGGAUGGUACUACAAUUCUGGAUCAGUGCUAGAAUUAAUGAUUUUAUUCCUUAGAUUUCAUUAUCUACUUCUCCCACAGCUGAGCCAAGACAAUUAUUAAAACUUGAACAACAGAGUUUGGAGUAUGGUAGAAAAAAAAAAAAGCAAUAACCUGCCUUGACCUAGUCAGUAGAAGGGAUUAAGGGAAAUAAUUUGAGACAAAGAGGAAGUACAGUAUUAAUGCCACAAAGAACCAAAAAUGUUCUCAAUUAAAUAUGUGCACAUGAUGCUCUUUAGCGUUUAAUUCAUUGCCCUUCUGAAAAGUAAAACUGUUUUUUUCAUAUGUUUUUUUUUUCCCAUUUGUGUGUAGCCAAAAGGUUGGACAAUUAAAAUCAGACACCAGGGAAACAUGGAUGAACAAUUUGCUUUUGGCAGGACCUGCCCUGAUCCUGAAAAUUCUAUAAAAUACAUCAUUAUUUAUUAAUGGAACAGACAUCUUGCUAGUAAAAUGUAGCUGCUGAUAAUGUCAAGAAUAUAGUCAAAUAUUCCUCAACAGGGUAAAAAGAUUUAGUAAAGCCUGUUAAUCUGAAGGCCCAUGUAAUUACUGACAUCUGGGGAAAAAGAAUCUGGACAAUGGAAACAUUUUAAAUUAGGUAACCAUCACCGCUUAACUACAUUAGUGACUGAUGCUUACAUGACUUAAGUGAUUAAGUAACUUUUAACGGAUAUACUAAUAACAUUUCCUUUGUUUUACUUGAUUUUAUCAAAACAGCACACACAUGUAAAUUUUUUUAACUGUCAACUGAGACAAUGAAAUUUCCCACCAGCCAUGAACACAUCAUAACAGUUACAGCUAAGAGAUCAAACACCUUUCCAUGUAAGUUCAGUCAUAUUUGCUCGUAAACUUUUGAGCAUUCUUGCUAAAAACAUCACCAGAUAAGGGGGUAUCACUUUAUCCGUUAACAGGUUUUAUUACAUUUUUAAGCAUAUAAGAGGGAUACUUUAAGAAAUAACUUCAUUACCCAGAAGGUAUCAGACUUAUCUACUGCUGUGACACACACAGUCCUGUCUGUGGUACUAGAAGUAAUGGCAACCUGUUUUUAAUUAUUAUUACUAUGCUGACCUAUUUUAUUUUUUUUAACCUGUACCUUAUGUUUAAUGUUCAGUUCCUGAAUACUAACUGUCUCCUAUUUUCUAUGUAUAACAGCUGCUUUGGCUAAAUAAUAAAAUUGUAGCAUACAAUGUGCAUCAGAUGACUAAG